AUGAAUCAACAACUAUCAGAUUUAUUUAUAUAUUUAAAUAAAAGAGAUGAAUGUCCAACAGAUAAUGAUUAUGAUGGUAAAAAUUUUGGAGCAAGAAUUUCAUCAAUAUUUGUUAUAAUGGCUACUUCUGCAAUAGGAACAUUAUUUCCUUUAUUAUCUUCUAAAUAUUCAUUUAUAAGAUUACCAAAUUGGUGUUUUUUUGGUGCUAAAUAUUUUGGUAGUGGAGUUAUUGUUGCUACUGCUUUUAUUCAUUUAUUAGAACCUGCUUCUGAUGCUUUGGGUGAUGAAUGUUUAACUGGUGUUAUUGCUGAUUAUCCUUGGGCUUUUGGAAUAUGUUUAAUGACUUUAUUUGUUUUAUUCUUUUUUGAAUUAAUUGCUUAUCAAUAUAUUGAUAGAAAGAUUGCAAAAAUUAAUGGAUCUUCAGAUGAUUAUGAACAAGCAAAUGGUCAUAGUCAUUCUCACUUUGGUGAUGAAUCAAUGUAUGUUAAAAAAGAUUUAAAAAAAGAUGAAAUUGAAAAUGAACAUGAUGUUGAAGAUGAAGAAGAAGAAGAUAGUGAAACAGAAUAUAAAAAACAACAAUUAGCAACAAAUGGUAACAGCACCAACCCAUACCCAAAACAUUUUCAACAUGCUCAUGAACAUCAAGAUCAUGAGCUCAUAGGUACACCAGUAAAUAAUAAAAGUAAAGAACAAUAUUAUGGACAAUUAUUAAAUGUAUUUGUAUUAGAAUUUGGUGUUAUAUUCCAUUCUGUUUUUAUUGGUUUAGCAUUAGCUGUUUCUGGAGAUGAAUUUAAAUCUCUUUAUAUAGUUUUAGUAUUUCAUCAAAUGUUUGAAGGAUUGGGGUUAGGUACAAGAAUUGCAACUACUGAUUGGACAGGUUAUAAAUUUACUCCUUGGUUAUUAGCAAUAGCAUAUACUUUAUGUACUCCUAUUUCAAUAGCUAUUGGUUUAGGUGUAAGACAUUCUUAUCCACCAGGUUCAAGAAAAUCUUUAAUUACUAACGGAGUAUUUGAUUCUAUAUCUGCUGGUAUAUUAGUUUAUACUGGUAUUGUUGAAUUAAUGGCUCAUGAAUUUUUAUAUAGUGGAGAAUUUAAAGGUAAAGAAGGUUUUAAAAAAAUGUUAAUUGCUUAUUUUAUUAUGUGUUGGGGUGCUGGUUUAAUGGCAUUAUUAGGUAAAUGGGCAUAA